UAUCCAAUCAGGACUCAAGGGUGCACCUGGCUGUCCAAUCACUGAAUAGUUUACCUGUCUGCAGCACGCCCUCAGUUAUUUAAAGUUGUUGAGGGAAGGCAAACUGACUUUUCUUCUCAACUACCAGAAGCUUGCACAAUGGCAGCCAAAGUGGAGCUGAGUGUCUCCUGUGCUAACCUGCUGGAUAAAGAUCUGGGAUCAAAUUCUGAUCCUCUGUGUGUGCUGCUGCAGAGCUCUGGAGGAGAUAAAUGGACUGAGCUGGGCCGCACUGAGCAGCUAAAGAACACCUCCAACCCGUCCUUCAGUCAGCGUUUCCGGCUGGAUUACCGCUUUGAGACGGUUCAGAAUCUGAAGCUGGGUGUCUAUGACAUUGAUAACUCCACGUCUGACCUUAAAGAUGAUGACUACCUGGGAGGGGUGGAGAUAACACUUGGACAGAUAGUUUCCAGUAAAACUGUGACCAAACCUCUGCAGCUGAAGAAGGACAAACCUGCAGGGAAGGGAACCAUUACUAUCACAGCAGAGGAGAUAAGAGACAACAGAGCCAUUACGUUGGAGGUGGCAGCUAAAAACCUUGAAAACAAGGAUACGUUUGGGAAGUCUGAUUCAUUCCUGGAGCUUUUCAAAAAAGGAGUGGAUGGAAAAUGGCAGCUGGUCCACAGGACAGAGGUGGUGAAGGACAAUCUGAACCCAAACUGGAAGAAGUUCACCGUUCCUCUGCAGAUUCUCUGUGGUGGUGACCUUGAGCGACCUCUGAAGGUGGAUUGUUCUGAUUAUGACGACAAUGGAGCUCAUGAUCUGAUUGGUUCUUUCACCACCAAAGUCUCUGAGCUGAAGAAAGCCACAAACAAUUCACCGGUGCAAUUUGACUGCAUCAAUCCUGAGAAACAGAAGAAGAAGAGCUACAAGAACUCUGGAGUUGUGAUUGUCAAGAGCUGUGAGCUGACCAGUCAGUACACCUUCCUGGACUAUGUGAUGGGCGGCUGCCAGAUCAACUUCACUGUUGGGAUCGACUUCACUAGCUCUAAUGGUGAUCCUCACACACCCAACUCUCUCCACUAUAUGAGUCCAGAUGGGCUGAACCAGUACCUGCAUGCUCUGUGGUCUGUGGGUCAGGUGGUCCAGGACUAUGACACUGAUAAACUCUUCCCAGCAUUUGGUUUUGGAGCCAAACUGCCUCCAGACUACCAGGCACCACACUAUGAGUUUGCCCUCAACUUCAACCCAUCUAACCCUUACUGUCGAGGCGUCCAAGGGAUUUUUGAUGCCUACAGGGCUGUUUUGCCUCAGCUCAGACUCUCUGAACCAACAAACCUGUCCCCCAUCAUCAACCAUGUAGCUUCCAUUGCUGCCAGUGCUGCACAGACCAAUGCUGCCACUCAAUACUUUGUCCUCCUCAUCCUCACUGAUGGGGAGAUCACUGACUUUGACCAGACCAGGGACGCCAUCGUUAAGGCAUCACGGCUUCCCAUGUCAAUCAUUAUUGUGGGGGUGGGACCGGCUGAAUUUAAAGCCAUGGAGCUUCUGGAUGGAGAUGAUGGUGUGCUGAAGUCAACAGCAGGAGAGGCGGUCGCCAGAGACAUUGUCCAGUUUGUGCCAUACAAAAAGUUCAAAGAUGGGCCCCAGGCUCUGGCUCAGGCUGUCCUCGCUGAGGUUCCCAACCAGCUGGUCUCAUAUUUUAAAGUGAAAGGCCUGGACCCACCAAAAGUUGCUCCCAAAUACUAAACCCUCCACCCCCCACAUGUCCCAAAACCAACACCACAAAGUUGAAGGCCCACUCGUGUUAUUCCAGCCCCCAGAUCACAUUCUUCCACUCAACCUCCUGCCACCAACAAUGACAGGUCUUCAAGGACCACCCUGAUUUGUUUGCCAGUCAGGAUGCCAGGGGCAUAUGUUUGGUUUUUUUUUUUCAAAUCUAAUCUGUUUCCCCAAUUUCUUCUCUAGCAUUUUUUGUUUUUGCUCCACAUGUAUUAUAAAGAAGAGUGACAGCAGAGAUUUCUUAAAAACUGUACAGAUAUUUGGGUUUUCCCAUUCAUUUACAUUUUAUCACAGCAGCCCCUAGUGAACAUGAGAGGUACUGCAGCUCCUGGUUUCUCUGCUCUGGGUGUGGCUCAGAUUAGUUUUUUUGUUUGUUUUUUUUUUUUUUUUUAAAUCAAGUGCCAACAUGUUGCAUUUUGCUUUUCAAAUAAAUGCUGGAAAACUGUA